GCUACAGAGAAUAGGACUAGUUUCUUGGAUGAAUUAUGAUUUAAGUUUUGGACUUUUAGUUGAAGAUUUAAAAAGAAAAUUCAAGUGGGGAUAUUGACUAAGUAAUAAGAAGAAUGGUCUAAAUUGGAGUCAUUGAUAAAUUGAAGGUAAUUUAAACCACAGGAGGUGUCAAAUAACUUACAAUGAGAGAAAAAAUGAGAAGAAAAUAAGCUCUGACAAGGAUAAGGUGGAAAGUGAGCAAUAGGCAAAAGAGUCUUUGAGGAAGAAGCAAAUAAGGAAAAACUCAGCACAGUGUCAUAGAAAGCCAAAGGUAGAAAUCAAGAAAUGUUAAAGCAAGAAGAAUGGUGAAUGACAUCAAAAGCUAUGAAGAGGUAAAUUCAAAAAGAGACUGAAAAAUGUCAGUUGAAUUUGCUAACUUGAAGCUUAUUGAUGAACUUAAUAGGAGUCAUUUUUGAGAAGUGGAUAAGAGAGUAAUUAUUUAAAAAGUUUUGGGGAGGAGAGGAAAGAGUCUAGCCAAUCAUUUUAAGAUAACCGGUUAUGGAGAGUAGAAAAGAGUUGAAAGUAGUUCUGGGGAUGGGAUAGUUGCUAAACAAGAAGAGACUGUGCAUCUAAUAAGAAAAAAAUGUUACCAUGCCAGCAUGCUUAUAGAUGAUUGGGUACUGAGGGGAAAUACAUCAGUAUUUCCCCUCUAUAUUCAAGUGACAAGUGGAUAUUCAGUGGGAAAAGAAGUCAAAAAGGGGUAAUACUGUCUUUAAUAGAUUCAUGAAAUUCUUGUCAUAAUUGAUGUGGGCUUAUUUUUCUAUCAUAGGAGUUUCAUAAAUCUAUCUAAAUUAGUACUUCCCCCUCAGACUUGUAAUAUUGUGAGUCCUGAUUGAAUUUUACUGUACUCAAGGAAUUAUUUCACUUGGAAAAUUUCUCUCUUCUUUUAUAAUAUCAUCAAGGAGAUAUUUGGGGCAGAGUCAUCAAACCCUCUCAGUUACAUAAAAUAAAAACAUGGCAUAUUUUUGGCAAACAGAUCCAAAUCCCAAUGAAUCACAUGAAAAACAAUAUGAGCACCAAGAAUUUCACUCCAUAAAUCAACCCCUUUCUUCUAGUCAAGUCAGUCUCAGUUUUGACCAGGUGGUAGUUGAGAUCAGUAACAAAACUCCACUCUCUGAGAGUGAAAUUGAAGAAAACACCUUUUUUGGACCCACUGCCCCAAACAUGGAUUCACAAAGUCAUUCAUUAGAUGAAACACACCAAAUAUCCUUCAAUAGAUUCACUUCGAAAAGCCCUGAAGUCUCAUGGCAUCAAGUGAGGAAAACACCAGUAAUUGGUUUUAGUCCUUCUGUGUUACCAGAACCUCAAGAAUGCUCCUGGAGAAAUCCCAUGGGACAAUAUCAUGGUACCGAUGAUUCUAGACUCAAUAUUUUAGCUCCAUCAUCUACUAGUUUGGAUAAAAUUAAUCCACAGAGAGAAUUAGAAAAUGAAAAUUAUAACUACCAUAUAGGAUUUGAAAGUAGCAUUCCUCCUGUACACUCAUCCUCCUCAACUGAUUUCAUGUCAAAAGAAGAACAUAAAAGGAGUGGAUAUAUGAAUAUUGGGGAGCCUUCUCUGAUGCUCUCUAAAGGUUGGUUUCUACCCAGGAUGUGGGAAAGUGCAUGGCCAAAGAACAUAGAGCCAAUAGGUUGUUCCAUUCAGCUACUUGAAGUACCUCAAGGUAGUAAUACGAGUCUGGCCUCCUUUUGUGACAAAGUAAAAAAAAUAAGAGAAAUAUAUCAUGCCACUGACAUUAAUACCAAUUCUGGGAAAAUCUGGAGCAUUGCUACAGCAUUUCCAUAUCGGCUCUUUUCUAAUACCAAGUUCAACAUAAAUAUUUUCACUGACACCUCAACAGAACCGCUUCGUUUGAUGCCAUAUGCUAAUUGUCUUGUCAAAGACCUAAUUGCAGAAAUUCUACAUUUUUGUACAAAUGUCCAGCUAUUCCCCAAAGAUCAUAUUCUAAGUAUAUGUGGCUCUGAAGAAUUCUUGCAAAAUGACCACUGUUUGGGGAGCCACAAAAUGUUUCAGAAAGAUAAAUCUGUUAUUCAACUUCAUCUUCAGAAAAAUAGAGAAGAUCUAGCAAAGUUAUCUCGAAAGCAUGAAGAUGACCACAGUCAGUUUUAUCUGAACCAACUUCUAGAAUUUAUGCAUAUUUGGAAAGUAUCCAGACAAUGCCUCUUAACACUAAUCAAAAAAUAUGACUUCCACCUGAAAUGCCCAUUGAACACCCAGGAAAACGUGGAUAAUAUUAUUGAAGAUGUUAAAAAAAUAUGCAGUGUUCUAGGGUGUGUGGAAACCAAACAAAUUACAGAUGCAGCAAAUGAACUAAGUCUAAUUCUUCAGAGAAAAGCAGAGAAUUUUUAUCAAAAUUCAGAGACUUCAGCAAAAGGCUUGAUAGAGAAAGUAACAACUGAAUUAUCCACGUCCAUCUACCAGCUAAUCAAUGUCUAUUGUAGCAGCUUUUAUGCCGAUUUUCAGCCUGUAAAUGCACCUGGAUGCAUUUCCUACGUACAUCCCGGGCUCCAUUCCCACCUGAGCUUCACAGUGCACGCAGCACACAACAUUCCAGAGACCUGGGUGUACAGCUAUAAAGCCUUUUCUUUUUCCUGUUGGCUUUCAUAUGCUGGAAAGAAGCUGUGCCAAGUGAGAAACUACAGAAAUAUCCCAGUCAAAAAAUCAUUUUUUUUCUUGGUCAACUGGAAUGAAACAAUCAAUUUUCCUCUAGAAAUAAAGUCACUUCCAAGGGAAUCCAUGCUCAUUAUAAAACUGUAUGGGAUUGCCUGUGCAACCAACAAUGCAAAUCUACUGGCCUGGACUUGUUUUCCAUUGUUUCCAAAAGAAAAAUCCAUUCUGGGGUCCAUGCUAUUCAGCGUGACGUUCCAGAGUGAGCCACCCCUAGCAAUGAUGGCCCCGGGAGUGUGGGACGUAAGUCAGCCAUCCCCUGUCACCCUGCAGAUUGAUUUUCCAGCUACUGGGUGGGAGUAUAUAAAACCUGAUUAUGAAGAGACAAGAGCUCAUCUUGAAGAACCACCAAAAGAGUGUUUAAAACAUAUUGCCAGACUUUCACAGAAACAAUCUCCCUUAUUACUCUCUGAGGAAAAGAGAAGAUACUUAUGGUUUUAUCGCUCCUACUGCAAUAGUGAAAACUGCUCCCUUCCUUUGGUCCUGGGUAGUGCCCCUGGAUGGGAUGAAAGGACUGUUUCAGAAAUGCAUACGAUUUUGAGAAAAUGGACAUUUUCUGACCCUUUGGAGGUACUCGGGCUUUUAACUUCCAGUUUUCCAGACCAAGAAAUUCGUGCAGUGGCAGUUGAACAACUAGACAGUCUCUCGAAUGAUGAACUACUGGAAUACCUCCCACAGCUGGUUCAGGCUGUCAAGUUUGAAUGGAACCUUGAAAAUCCUUUAGUGCAACUCCUACUACACCGCUCAUUGCAAAGCAUCCAGGUUGCCCAUCGUCUUUACUGGCUGCUAACAGAUGCACAGAAUGAAGUUUACUUUAAAAGCUGGUAUCAGAAGUUGCUAGCAGCUCUCCAAUUCUGUGUGGGAAAAGCCUUGAGUGAUGAGUUUUCCAAAGAGAGGAAACUUAUCAAAAUUCUGGGAGAUAUUGGGGGAAAAGUCAAGUCUGCCAGUGACCAUCAAAGACAGGAGGUGCUGAAGAAAGAGAUUGGCAGACUAGAAGAAUUCUUUCAAGAUGGAAAUACUUGUCACCUUCCUUUGAACCCUGCCCUGUGUAUAAAAGGGAUUGACCGUGACGCAUGUUCAUAUUUCACAUCCAAUGCUUUGCCACUGAAGAUUACUUUCAUCAAUGCUAAUCCAAUGGGCAAAAACAUCAGCAUUAUUUUUAAGGCCGGAAAUGAUCUUCGUCAGGAUAUGCUUGUUCUGCAGAUUAUUCAAGUGAUGGACAACAUUUGGCUGCAGGAGGGCUUGGAUAUGCAAAUGAUCAUUUAUAGAUGUCUUUCCACAGGAAAAGACCAAGGACUGGUGCAGAUGGUGCCUGACGCUGUCACCCUAGCCAAGAUCCACCGCCACUCUGGACUGAUAGGACCGCUAAAAGAAAACACAAUCAAAAAGUGGUUCAGUCAGCACAACCACUUAAAGGCAGAUUAUGAAAAGGCCCUGAGGAACUUUUUCUAUUCCUGCGCUGGCUGGUGUGUGGUAACGUUCAUCCUGGGAGUCCGUGACCGUCACAAUGAUAAUAUCAUGCUGACAAAGUCAGGCCACAUGUUUCAUAUUGACUUUGGAAAAUUCUUAGGUCAUGCACAAACAUUUGGAGGGAUAAAAAGGGACCGAGCCCCUUUUAUAUUUACUUCAGAGAUGGAGUACUUUAUUACAGAGGGUGGGAAAAACCCACAGCAUUUCCAAGAUUUUGUGGAGCUUUGCUGUCGAGCUUACAAUAUUGUCAGAAAGCACAGCCGACUGCUCUUGAACCUGCUGGAAAUGAUGCUCUAUGCAGGAUUGCCUGAGCUAAGUGGAAUUCAAGACCUGAAAUAUGUGUAUAAUAAUCUUCGUCCACAAGACACAGACCUGGAAGCCACAAGUCAUUUUACCAAGAAAAUAAAGGAAAGUCUGGAGUGUUUCCCUGUUAAAUUGAAUAACUUGAUCCACACACUUGCACAAAUGUCAACCAUAAGCCCUGCCAAAUCUACUUCCCAGACUUUUCCCCAGGAAUCCUGUUUGCUGAGUACAACCAGGUCAAUUCAAAGAGCAACAAUUUUAGGGUUCAGCAAGAAACCCAGCAAUCUGUAUCUGAUCCAAGUGACACACAGUAACAAUGAAACAAGCCUGACAGAAAAAUCAUUUGACCAGUUUUCAAAACUUCACAGCCAACUUCAGAGGCAGUUUCCAUCAUUGACUCUCCCAGAGUUUCCUCACUGGUGGCACUUACCAUUUACAAAUUCAGAUCACAAAAGAUUCGGAGAUCUAAAUCAUUACACGAAAGAGUUAUUAAAUGGAUCAUACGAAGUUGCAAACAGUGAUUGUGUACUUAGUUUUUUCCUCUCUGAGCCUGUACAACAAGCAAUUAAAGAAUCAACACUUGUGUACCUAGAUGAGAAGUUUUCGGACAAGAAGCCUCAGGUGCAGUUAGUCAUAUCAUACAAGGAUGUGAAGCUGACCAUACUGGUGAAACACAUUAAAAACAUUCACCUCCCAGAUGGCUCUGCGCCCAGUGCACAUGUUGAAUUUUAUCUUUUACCAUAUCCCAGUGAAGUUCGUAGGAGGAAAACAAAAUCUGUUCCAAAAUGUACAGACCCCACUUACAAUGAAAUUGUGGUGUAUGAUGAAGUCACAGAGCUCCAAGGACAUGUCUUAAUGCUUAUUGUGAAGAGCAAAACCGUAUUUGUGGGAGCAAUUAACAUCCAACUCUGUAGUGUCCCACUCAAUGAAGAAAAAUGGUAUCCACUAGGAAACAGUAUAAUUUGACCACUGCCAUGAACACAUGCAUUAUUCAUUAGCGAGUAUUUUUUUUGUCACUUCUAGGCCUCUUUAUCACAUAAGCAAGGCAUCCUUGUAGUCAAAGAUAGCAUAGGGUAUUCAGGACACAAGAAAAAAAAAUCAGAAUCAGUCUUUUGUAGUUAUUUAUUUUCUACCUGUGCUUUCAUUGUUCUUUAGAAUCUAUUCUCUUCAAUAGAAUAUUGACUGUGUAAAAUUCAGUAUGUAAAAUAAUAAAGGGUAUUCAUUUUAAUAUAUCUUUUAAAU